AUGAAUCGGCUCAGUGCUGCGUUUUUGCUGAGGAGUCUACCCCUACCGUAUGCUGAACGCUUGGUACGCUCCCUGACUUUGGAUAAUGGAAGUGCCAUGGCGGAUUUCGAAAGAUUGACUAAUAUGGAUGGUUUGAAUGAGAUCCAGAAGGGGGCGCACAGCGUUGUCCCCUUGUUGGCUAUUUUGCGAUUUAUCGAGUAUUGGGAGUAUCCGGCGAAUCCCGCGAUGGGUCCCAAGCCUCAGAAUGAUUGUUGUUUCGGAUGUUUACUAUCCUACAUUUUUCGUCACCGCCAUUGGAUAGAGCGUUGGACUUACCACGAUUCGAGUAUGACCAAGAAUCUUUGCCAAAUGAUUUUGGACCAAAUGGUGAUGGCGCUGUAUAGGCUUAGUCUGAGCGAAGACUGCCAUUCCGAUUACGUCACUCCCGACGGUCGUUGGAACGCAAAGCUGCUGGCUGAAGUGGGCAGCGACCACGCUGCCAGCGGCGCGGCUUCGGGGACCAGCGAGCCGAAGAGUGUCACUCUCUGGAACUACUUUGCUUACCAAACGCGGCUCUCGUCCCCGAUACAAGAGCGCGCGCACCUUCCACUUACCCUAAACGAAAUGUCGGACAGCGAAGAAGACCACCGUCCUGCGCCAGGCGACUCCCGUUCAGCAGCCCAAACCGCGAGGACUGCACGUCCAAAGAUUCGUGGCGUUUCUACAGGGAGUCUGCAACAGCCGCAGGCACCUACACGAAGAGUGUCGCCCGUCGGUGGAUACCUCACAACCACACCCACCAACCAAAAUUCCGCCGUUCAGGGUUCCGCCGCCCAAAGUUCCACAACCCAAAGUUCCACCACUCGAUUGGUCCGAAGACCGGGCGAAACUGUGCCUCAAUGGUCUUCGGAACUUGAACUGAAUAAGCCAGAGAGAAAGACACUCCGGUUCCCUAAGCACGACGAUCCUCGACGUGUCAUUCCGUCUCUGUGUAAGGGACACUACCUCCUGGACGUGUUGAAGAAACUGAAAGCGCUGGACUGCUUGGAGCGGUGGGCCAACUUCCGCGAAGCCCUCUGUGAUCACCUUCUAAGCCAACUACUCCCCUACGUGAAAGGAGACCCCGGAACGCUGGUCCCCGUCCCCUCCCUGACGCUCUUCCUCUCUCUGGCCCACCCGAAUCGAACCAUACUCCGGGGACUGCUGGCCUCGCUCCUGAUCAAGGCGUCGUGCAUUCUGCUACGGCACCACCAUGUGGCCUUCAUCGGACUGAUGAUGGACACUAUAGACUACGAGGAACGCGUAGAGACAUUGGAGAAACAAAUCUCGCUCCAGGCGUCAUGCUUCCUCGUCGCGGACCCGCCGGAAUCGGAGCAAGCUGCACAGUCGGAUGCCGACAGCUCGGUUUAUCAGAGCGCAACUGGUGGUAGUGCCAUUGGCGGUUGCGCUUCUGGUGUUAGUGCCGCUGGUGGUAGUGUCACUUACUGUAUCGCACAAAAUUUAACCAAGUCGAACAACACUACCGUAGACACUACAGCUGAGACUGAGGCGGCGGGGACUGAGGACAGGGAGUGUCUGAGUAGUCGGAUAACGAGCGGCUUUCUGCGGCGGUUGUCAAGUCGGAAGUUGCGUGUGUCGGAAGAGGAAGAGCCGGAACGGUCUCCAGUGCUGUUGCGUUGGCUAUUGUUGGAGCGGUGUGCUUGGUCGCGGCUGGCAGUGCUGACUUGGCAUUGGUUCUUCGAGGCGCGUGUGGAGGAGGAUCUGGAGGCUGUUUUGUUGCUGGAUGGCGUUGGGCAUGAGGAGAAGUUGACGGUGCUGCGCCUCUUGAUUUUACGAGUGAACCGGGACCUGGAGUCGGGUACCUUUCUGCGCGAUCUAGAUCCGGCGGGCGCGAAUCGUUUGUGCGACUCGGCGCUGCUCCCACCCGGACGUACCGCCAGCAGUCUCGAACACAUGCCCACCGAAGGCAGUCUGGACGACUUCCCCUUCCCUGACCUGCUCGAGAAAGGGGGUGGGGGAGAAGCUACUGGGCGGGAGACAGAUGCCAUCAUGCGGGAGACAGAUGCUACCGGAAAAGAGACAGAUGGUAUCGGAGGGGACAAUUCCGGAAGGUUCAACCCCGGUAGGGACUUCUCUAGCGCUAGAGAUUUCUCUACCGGAGGCGACUUCUCUAUCGGGGACGACUUCUCUACCCCGAGAGAUUCUUACGGGGGAUAUUCCCCUUCUGGGGGAUAUUCCGUGGGUGAGUCUUGUGGAGGGGCGGCGGCCAAGUACGAGUUGCUUGCUCGGGCGCGAGGGUUGCCACUGCAGAAAACGUAUUCGGUGGCGUGCACAUAUUUGGCGCAGUUCGUGAGCAUAGACUGCGACCUCCUGCUGCGUAUGAUGGCCGGGAUCGACACCAAGGGCCUGUUUGUGCAUCCGUCCGGGCGUGGUAGUCGGUCUAAGUACUACGACGAGGACUGCUGGCCUUAUGACGUGGGCGAGGAGGAGGAGCCGGGGCGUCGUUGGUCCUGUGUGAUCAAAGAGUGCGUGAUCCCGGUCGAGUACCAUUGGGUUCCCAGCCGUAAAUACCUCAAGUACGUCCUGGGCAUUAUGUACAACUGCAUCCUGCACGGGCGCAAAGAGUGGCUCAUCCUCAAGUCUUACCUACAGACCUAUUCCGAGUGCAUGCCCUCGCUCAAACUCGUCGACCACCUCCUCCACCAGGCGGACGACGAAUGGCUGCAACUGCGCCGAAAAGCCGCCCCCGUACGCGCCACCGGACGCCGACGGUCGCAGGCACAGAGCCCUCUCGCUGGACAGGACCGCUCCCAGCCGGCCGCGAGUCUAUUGGGCCCGUGUUCUUCUGACGUAGCGCCUGGCGCCGGGAGUCUAGUCGCCUCGGGGGCCCUAUUCGCCCCAGGUGGCGAGGUGGAGAACCAGUCGGAGUUAACUGAGGGCCGGUCGGAGAAAACGGAGAUCCAAGUGCACUUCACAGGCAAGGUGGCGAGUGACGCGGUGGAUGGUGCGAGCGAGCGUGGUUGGAACUCGGAGGGCGCGUCCUCCAAGUCGGAGGCGGCAUCGAGGGCAGCUCCCUUGCCCUCGUCUGCGGAGGGAGGGGCCGCGAAGGGUGGGUCUGAGGUGGACUUGUAUGCUUUGAUUCCCGACUUGGAUUCGUGUUGGACUGUGCUCAGGUGCAUCAUCGACGACGAGGUAUGUCGCGGGAUUCUGCAAUUUUACGAGAGCGGGUGUAUUCUGGAUCUGAUUGAGUUUGUGACGUUGAACGUGACCAGUCUGACUUCUGCGGUAGUGGGAUGGCUGAAGUCGGUUUGGCAGUCGUUUCAAAUGACUGCGGAGUUGGAGUCUCUUAUCUCUGACGCCAUUCUGUAUUCAUUCGAUAUGUACGUGAACCGAGUGGAGGACAGCGCCAGUGGUCUGCUGUCGGGUCUGGUGGCAGAUGUGUUGGUCGCAGAUGUGUUGGAGAAGGAAGCGUUGGUGGAGACGGGUCCGCUGGUGGGUCGAGCCUCAGGAUAUUUUGACCCGUAUCAGCUUACAAUGUCAAUGAAGUUUUCGCUGAUGUUGGAGACGCUGGCACCGUAUCUGGGUGUUCAGUCUUUGCAGAAUAUGGUGGAGUACCUGAUGAUGUCUAAUGUGGCAGUGUGUGGAGUUGCCGGUGAGCGUGGGAAAGUGGGUAUUACUGACCAUUUGUCGCGAGUGGGAACAGGUAGUCAGGUUGCUGCUUGUCUGUCUUUGAUGGAGGAGAAUAAGGGGACUCUCGUUUGGCUGCCAUGUAUCAAGGUAUUGUUGAGAAUUUUAGUGGAGCGUUAUGUGCCUGAGAGUGUUCGUCAGUGUUAUAUUGAUGACGUGGAUGAGGUGGAUGAGAACACACUGCGCGAGGUCAAUGCGUACAAGUCGUUGCGGGUCUUGGCUGAUAAAUUGAUAGCGGACCUCCGGUGCAGCAUCCUGAAUAUUUCCGGUCACCGGGAGCACCUGUGCGCUGCGUUGGAAGCACUGCACUCGAUCCUACUGAUUCACACCACUUGCAACACUAGCCUGCUUAGCAGAAUAGUACAAAUAUGGAGCAUACUCCGGACGCUUUUAGAGGCUCCGAUUAAGGUCAACGAAACAUACUUUCUCACUUGGAAGUGGGUCCAUACGGCGUAUCAAUAUGCUCCCGUCUUCACAAUUAGCACAGUGGGUAAAAACGUUAUAGAAGACACAUACCAGAAAUCAUUAGUGCUGGGUAUGCCGGAGUUCAAAAUCUUGAUGGAGGAUUUAAAGAACUAUGCGUCCUUUUCAGAGACGUGCGCUACGGGUGGGCGAAUUAAUAUUGCGAUGGAUGUGGUGCGGAAGGCGUUGCUGAAUCCGAAGCAGUUGCGUAACGUGUGUGUGGUGGCACACGUAGACCACGGGAAGACGUCAGUGUGUGACCACCUUGUGGCGAGCAACGGGUACAUUGCGGCGCGGUUGGCCGGAAAGACGAGGUUCAUGGAUUCGCGAGAGGACGAGCAGCGCCGGCUUAUCACCAUAAAGUCCUCCUCCAUUCCGCUGCUGUACCGACCUUCCAGGGGUACUGCCGAGUUGAGUGGGAUUGUCGAGUCGAGUAGCUGUGAGCAGCCGGUUGACGAGUACGUCAUAAAUCUCAUUGACUCGCCGGGACACGUGGACUUCAGCGUGGAGGUAACGGCGGCCACGCGUCUGUGUGAUGGGGCGUUGAUUGUGGUGGACGUAUUGGAAGGCUUACGGAGUCAGACUAAGAGUGUGAUGCGUCAGUGCAUCGCGGAGGGAUUGAAGCCAAUGUUGGUACUGAAUAAAAUGGAUCGUUUGUUCGGCGAGGCGCACAUGUCGCACGGAAAUGCGUACACACAUCUUCGGGAUGUGGUGGAGAGUGUGAACGCAUACUUGCACAAGUGUGUGACUGACACACACUCACGUGUCAGUGAACGAAAUGUUAGUAGUAAAAUGGACAACGAACACGGCGGUGUAGGACACGGCGGUGUAGGACACGGCGGUGUAGGACACGGCGGUGUAGGACACGGCGGUGUGGAUUAUCUGGACGAGGUGUACAGCGCGUUGUCAUUCGACCCGGUUAAGAGGAAUGUGUUGUUCGCCUCCGCCUCUGACGGCUGGUGUUGUGGGAGUGCAAUGGCGGCAGAGACAUUGCUGCGUCGGCUCCGACUGCCUCGAUCCAAGUUGUCUCGGUUGUUGCCGGUAUGUUGGGGCGAAUGGUAUUUGCAUAGGAAGUCAGGACAAAUCUCGCGACGGCCGUUCAAGGGACAGGCAGCGGACGCUACAGUAGGGGCAACCCAGCUACUGCAGACGCUGGAACAGGUCUAUAAACUCAAUGCAAUUCCCCCUGACGAACUCGCUCCCUUCAUCUCCAAGACAGCCGCCUUCCUUCAAGUGGAGAUCUCCGAACGAGAAAUACGUGACUGGACUCGUAAACCAGGCACCGCCGCCGGAGCCCUUCUCGCCAAAUGGGCACCCCUGGGCAAAGUCCUACUCGGCGCCAUCGUUGCUGGCCUUCCCAGUCCCGCAGACGCCUACGCCGCACGCAUCGAACACAUCGACCGAGUCGGGCCCAUCGGCGGCGACUCACAACACGACGACCCCGACGCCUGGGAAACCGAAGACGAAGACGACCUAGUCGCAGAUUUGGGCGAAGACCUGAGCGCGGACCAGGACAAAGACGUGAGCGCGGACCAGGCCAAAGACCUGAGCGCGGACCAGGACAAAGACGUGAGCGCGGACCAGGACAAACACCUGAGCGCGGACCAGGGCGGAGAGCAAGAUUAUCAUCAGGACGCUAGGGAUGUCGACCAUGAUGGGGACGGAGACCACCACCACCAUCACCAAGACAAUGGGAAGCUCGACCACGAUCGGCAAGUCGGCUGGGAAGGUGGUAUAGAUGCGCAAGAGCUGUUAAGGAAACCAUGUGUGGUGUUCAUCGCGAAGAGUAUGCAUGCACAGCUGGGCAAGUUGCGAUUGACGAGUGAUUCGUUGCACGGGCGCGAGCAGGCGGGGGACUUCGUGGGAUUCGCGCGAGUGUUCGAAGGCCGUUUGCACGAGGGGCAGCGAUUAUUUGUGAACGGGUCAGAGAGUUCACAGGUGACAGUGAAGCACCUGUUCGUGCCAGUGGGCAUGGAUUUAUGUCCGGUGGCCGCAGUGGGGGCGGGUGCCAUAGUGUGUAUCGCGUUUGAUGAGAGUGGUUACGAAAGCGCGAACUCGGUGGACGCGACCGUACGGUGGCUGUUAAGUCUAAAGAAGGAUACGAAGGAUCCAGAGAAUGUCAGCCGCGGCUUCAAUGCAGUAGAUCGCUGCGUCACACUUUCAGAAAACGCUCGCCAACGACCCCUGAGUAGCAUCUAUCUUAAACACCCCGUCGGCUCGCUCCGUUUCGGUGUUACGCCGGCUAAUCUUCAGGAUUGGCAAGCCUUCAUCUCGGCCUUGGCUCUCCUCUUUCGCGCGGACCCCGCUGUUAGUCUCGAAGUAGCCACCGAUACGGGAGAUUUUAUUGUCUGCUGCCAGGGCCAAGUCCACCAAGAACGGGUCGUCCAGGACCUACACCAACUUUACUGUCCUGAGAUCCAGCUCAACAUCACGCCGCCUCUAAUUAGUCUCCGUGAAACUGUCUGCGACCCCCCCGCCAACCUCACCCUCAGCAAGUCUGCCCGCGAAGCGGCUUUCCCACCCUGGGCUGGUGCCCGGCCGCAGGUCGUCGGAUCGAGUCCGGGCGAGGGCGCCCUCGCUACCUCCUUGAGCGAGGGCGCCAUCUCCUCCGGCGCCAUCUCCUCCGGCGCCACCUCCUCCGGCGCCACCUCCUCCGGCGCCACCUCCUCCGGCGCCACCUCCUCCGGUGCGAUGGUAGGCUCUUGCGUGAGCGGUGACAACUGGGUUAUGGCAGAGGCGAGGCCAAUGCCGGCCGAGCUGCUGACCUUCAUGGACCAGCAUGCGGCGGUGUUGAACGAUGUUUUCCACCAGAAGAUGGUCACGCCCAAGGUGGCGCACUUCAUGGCCCGCCGGCGGCCGAGUCGGCGAGCGCCACGACCACCGGCUUUGCCGCCGCUCCUUCCGGGUCCGUGUCAGAGCGAGAUCGAAGGCGACGGGUCCUGGUCUGUGCGGGAAUGCUCGGAAGUAGUGUUGGCGCACAUUCAGAAGUUGUCUGGCAUGAAGAGUGGCAGUUGCGUGGGCGUGUGUGUGAGCUCUGACAGUCGCACGGUGGCCUUUCUGGCGGAUGCUCCGAACGCAGAUGUCGUGGGCGCGAUUCCGGGUUCAGGCGCAGGUGCUGAUUUGGUUGGGGGCAGCCCGCGUGCGGUGGAGGCGGAGGCGGACUUGUCGGCAUUGACGACGGAGAGCAACCUGCGGUCACGGGUGCGGGGAGGGCGAGCGGCAGGUCCAGGUUCAGUUCGGGCGGAGGAGGUCGCAGGUUCGAUUCCAAGGGAUGCCGAAAGUCGGCGUCGCGAAUUGAAUGUGGACUGGUUGCGGGGUACUUUACGGGAACGGGCGGCAUUAGCCACGCGGCACGCGUUAGACAGCGCAAGCCGACGCGGGCCGAUCUGCGAAGAGCCAGUGCGGGGUGUGAUAUGGACGGUGACGCAAAUGCGAACGGCAGAGGCGGAAUCUUCGACGGGCGAGCCGGCGACUAUGCCAACGAGUUCUUCUGCAUCCCGGGUGGCGACAGGGGCGCUAGGACCGUUAAUGGGUUGUGCCAAGACGGCGAUGCGGAACGCGAUGGAGACACGUGGUGCGGUACGUGUGUGGGAGUUGAUGUUGCUCUUUGAGAUCCAGUGCAGCGAGGAGGUGUUCGGGCGAGUUCAUGACAUUGUGAGUAGCAAACGGGGUACUGUGUUGAGUCAGGACAUCCAGGAGACUACGCUGGAGUUCGUGCUGGUCGUGGAAAUGCCUUCCAGCGAGUCCUUCACACUCUCCGUAGAACUCCGCAAACACACCAGCGGUAAAGCCACCUUUAUCCCACUCCGCAGCUACUGGAAACUCAACCCCGAUGAUCCCUUUCCCGAAGCCGUUCUAUCUCCCGAAGAAGAAGAGGAAGCAGGCGCCAAGGUUGUCGUCUCAGCCAACGUACCCCGAAACCUCCUCAACCUCGUCCGCCAACGCAAGGGCCUCCCCCUCGGCGGCAAAGUCGUCGAAGAAAGAGCAGACAAACAACGCACACUUGGCAAAAACGUCUAA